CUUCUCUAUUUGUCUCUUAAAUUAAUUGAUCGAAAUUUCUCUCAUUUUGUUUGAGUAUCUUGGGAGAAAUCCGCUCCCGUUGGUUCUCUUGUUUGAUGAGCGAUUUGUGUAGUCCUUUUCCGGAUUUUCUUUUGUUUUUUCACAAAAUCUUGGGAAAAAUAUAGUUUGUGUUCUUCAGAUGUUCUAAAAGGCAAGAUCUUUAGUUAUUUUGGGCUUCUGAGCUCCGUCUCUUGUGCCGUUUGUCAUUCUUUUAUUUUAUUGGGAAUUUUGUGCAGAGAUUUGGUUCUGUUCGGAUCGUAUUUGAUUCUUUAUUCUGGGAUGGUACCGCCCCACCCCCUCUCCCUCUUUCCCUUUUCUAUUGAUGCCUAGGAACAAGCUAGCAUUUAAUUUCUUAAGCUGUGGUUAUUAAUUUCUCAAUGUAGCUUGGAAUUAUUUUAGUUAUGAACUCCCGAGAAAAUAUACUAAAAUUCACUGGUUUUUAAAGUUGACCUGCUGCCUUACUUUGGGAGAAUCAGUACACAUCAUGGGGAAUUUGUGGAUGAAGUCAUAGUGGAGAGGGAGCAUGAAGUAUCACAGAUUAAAAGGACUAGUUUAUCCGUUAGCUCAAUCUGCUUGAGAAAUUAUAUGUGGCUUCUCAUAGUGAAGUGUGUGGAUUUGAGCUGUGGUGGCAUCCGGGUCUCCUUUGUGUGAAGUUGUAAUUAUCACACCUUGUCUAGCUUGUGAGUGGGCAAAGCUUCCUUCUAUUUUGUGUUGUGUACUUAAAGAUGAUUUUUGCUAGUGAUUUCCUUAAAGGACGUAUCUUCUUAAAACCCCUUUAAUCUAAGAGGAAUAUAUAUUUGCUAAAUUCUCUUAGAUCACUGUCUUGCGGCCUUUGUGGUAUGGUAUUCUUUCUUAUACUAGUUGGCAUGUAAAUUUAAAAAACUGUUAUAGUGAUGGGAUGGAUUUUUUCUUUUUUUAAUAAAAUUGGUGAGGAUUCAUUAUUAUGUUAACUCUUAGGAGAUGCCAGCAAUUAUGGGAAGAGAGAAGUAAGCGACAUGGAAGACAAGACUCUUGUUGGUGGAAACAUUUCUAUGUGUAUGAUGCUAUUGAAAGGAGUCUAUUUGUUUGGGAGUCACUAGAUUUGAGUAAAGCUCGUGUAGAUUGGUUUGGAGAUCUGUUGGUGAUAUUUAUCACUGAAGAAACAUCAUCUUCAUUGCAGCAUACUGAAACAUUGAAUAGUUGUUGUAACCUGAUUGCUAUCAUCUCGUCAUAGCAAAAAAACAUAAACAACUUAUUUUGCAGAGACUUCUUUGCAUAACAAUGGCAACAAAUGAAAACCUUCCACCUAAUGUCAUCAAACAACUUGCCAAAGAACUGAAGAAUCUUGAUGAAACACCACCAGAAGGCAUUAAAGUGCUUGUAAAUGAUGAUGACUUUUCCACUAUAUUUGCUGAUAUUGAGGGUCCAGCUGGUACUCCAUAUGAGAAUGGUAUAUUCCGCAUGAAGCUGUUAUUAUCACACGACUUCCCUCAAUCGCCUCCAAAAGGCUACUUUCUGACUAAAAUCUUUCAUCCUAACAUUGCAACAAAUGGCGAGAUUUGUGUGAACACACUAAAAAAGGACUGGAAUCCAAGUCUUGGUUUGCGACAUGUUUUGCUUGUGGUCAGAUGUCUGCUGAUUGAACCAUUUCCAGAAUCUGCACUUAAUGAACAGGCUGGUAAGAUGCUGCUUGAAAAUUACGAGGAGUAUGCAAGGCAUGCCAGGCUAUAUACUGGAAUCCAUGCUGUCAAACCUAAACCAAAAUUUAAGACCGGAGCAAUCUCUGAGUGCACCACGGCUCUUAAUGUGGAUCAGAAAAAUGUGGUUUCAAAUGGCAAGGUGUUACCACACCCCACACCAUUGACCACGAACACAGCCUCCAAAGUAUCAGCAAUAAAUGGCCAGGAUCAGAAUGCUGUCGUUCCUGCAAUGGAGCCUGCCAUUGGGACAUCAGCAAUUGAAAAGAAGGAAGGAGCUGUCACUGCAAAAGUUCAGGUGGAUAAGAAGAAGAUGGAUGCAAGGAAGAAGAGCUUGAAGAGAUUAUGACGAGAGUGAGGAAGUAAGGGGUACAUGUUGUAUUGGAGAGGACAUAAUCAAUGGGAACUACGAGAAAGCAUUUGUAAUCUGAACUUUUUUGGACAUUUGGGAUCGAGAGUGGGGCAGGGGGAGAGUGAGUCAUUGCAUCUCAUUCUUUUGACUUUCCUUUGUGCAAUCACUCGUGUCAUUGUGGCGAAUGGCAAUGCAUAGUUUCGAUUCUCAGA